AUGGUACUCUUUGACUUCUUAAAGCUUGGUCCAAAUAUUAAUUUACCAAUGAUCAGGUCAUUAGUUAGCUUUGUCUUCAUAAUUAUUGAAUUUGAAUGUGCAUCAAGAAAUGCAGUAUCUCAUUUCUUUCCAAACGCAGAACUCAAAGGUUGUUUGUUCCACUACGCAAAAGCAAUAUGGAAAAAGACACAGGAAUAUGGGCUUCAAACUCAGUAUAAAGAUGUCCCAGAUGUCAACAAACUCAACAAACUCGAAAAUGCACCACAGUCAGAUGCUUGCACCAAAUUAACAGACUAUAUAGUUCUGACAUGGCUAGAGGGCAGAUACCCACAACCAACCUGGAACCACCACCAAACAGAAGGACCCAGAACAAAUAACCAUUUAGAGGGCUGGCAUAACAAGUUCAAAAAGAGAGUAAAAACUGCACAUCCAAAUAUAUUCGAAAUCAUCAAUGUGUUUAAGAAAGAGCAAGCAGCCAACGAGGUAAAGAAGGUACAAUAUGCAGCAGGUGGCAAGAUGCGGGGAAAAGCAAAGAAGUACAGGGAACUAGAAGAAAGAUUCGCAACUUUGAAGGAAUCACUACACAAUGGUACGAAAGACUAUAUUCAGUAUGGUGAUGCAGCAUCAUUCAUCCUCAAACUUGGAAAUUAG